AUGAUGUCUUCGGCGGCGUUCGAGCGCUCCUUGAGAGGAGGGGGGACAUCAUCUUUGUCCUCGUCGACGGCGGCCUCCUCCUCCUCCUCCUCGACAUCCUCGCUGAGGCCCCCCAAGAAGAAGAGCGUCACGUGGGACGACGACGAGGUGCUUCCAGACGACAGCGGCGGCGAAUCUGGCGUGCUCCGGAACAGUAGCAUCGCCUGCACCAACACCAACAACGGGGGUGCAGCAGCAGAAGCAGCAGCAGCAGCAGCAGCCGGGGCAGGUGCAAUCCACGAGCCGCAGAGCUUCGACCACCUCCGAGUGCCGGCCAAGCCUUCGACUAGCAGCACCCGAGUCGUCGACGCGGCCGCGAACCAACACCACCACGGCGCGGGCUCGGCCGGCAGCGGCGGCGGCGGCCUGUUGGCCUCCGCCCGCAAGAGGGUGGGAGCGGCGGAGCAGACGCGAGGAAUCCAGAUGGGGCCGCUGCGAGUGCGGACCCCGGCGAAGCCCAAGCGGUCUCGCGCGGACGCGACGCCCUUCCACGCCCCGUCGUCUUCUUCCGUUCCCGCUCCUAGCGCGGGUGCCACACACAACUACCUCCGGCGCGGCGGCGGCACGGCGGCGGCGGCGGCAGCGGCAGCGGUCGCGUCGUCGCCGACUAAUAGAUCGUCUCCUACUUCCGCCGCCGGUGGCGCUGCCCGCCGCCCGAGGAGUCCCAGCCUGGCAAGGUCGCCUACUGCCGCCGGUGCUGGCAGAUCGUCUCCCCCGCUCCAUCCAAGUAGAAUCCCUCGCGCCGCCGAGCCGACUGCUGCCAGGCCCGGCGCGGCGGCUACACCCGGGGCAGCAGGCAGCACCAGGAAUCGCAGCAGCCCCCGUCGGCAGAGGCAUAUGUCUUCGAGCCAAGCGCUACGCAACGUCGCCGGGGGCAACGGCGAAGACGACGACGACGCCGAGGCUACCUUCAUGGAGAACGACAACGGAGAUCACGACGGGGGUGCGGAGGGAGACGGCAACGGUGGCGCGGCGGCCCCUGUGGACGGCCCAUCCCCAAUGUCUCUCCUGUCGAACACUCUCUCCGCAAUCGGUCUCGCGGUCGGGGUAGGGAAGCCACCCAGAUCGCCCAGGGCCAGCAAGGGCUCCCCCAGGCUCAGCGUUAGCGGUAGCGGCAGUUCCCCUAGGGUUUCUCCGUGGAGCUCUCCGAGAGCUGCUGCGAGAAGCCGCACGUCGCCUUUUUUUGACACUUCCGGGAGCGGCGGCGGAUGCGAGGGCCUCCCGCGUAUGCUGGAAGAAGACGAGGAAGAAGACUUCCCCCUGGGCGUGGCUCGGCAAUCUCUGGAGAGUCGAUUGGCGGACGCGGCGGCCGCGAGCUCGAACCUGGCGGCCGUCGCUCACAGGGCCUCCGUGGAAAACAUGCAGAACAACAGCCCGGCUACCUCGCUGAGCCCUUUCACCAAGAGCAGCACCACAGUCAGGCGGACCUCGACCAGCCGCUAUAACGUGAACGGCGAGGUGGGCGACCCCGCGGGUGCUUGGGACGGGGGCGGUUGCUCCGUGGUAUCGGAGGAGGUGAGCGAAGAGUCGUCGGUCACGGUGACCUCCGCCGCCUGCGGGUGCCACCACCAGCAUGGCUGCGCCAUCGGGGCCAUCGGCGGGCAGAUGCCGGCGGGCGACAACGGUUUCUCGGUCGAGGUUCGGGACCGGCUGAAGGAGCUUCAGGGGAGGACGUCCACGCUGGAGCAGGAGAAGGCAAGAUAG